AUAAUUAAAGGACAAAGUCAGUGUUUUUCUAUGAGCACUCUGUUCACAUUUGUUUAAUCGCCGAUGGUGCAGCGAUGGGCUUUACCAAUUAAUAAUUCAUAAUGUUUUCUUUCUCUUAAAGGAAUAACAGACCACGAAAAGCAUGUUCUGUAAAUUUUCGUUAAAAACUUUUUUGGCAACGAACUGUUUUGUCUGGUCGUAUUUUAAUGUCGUCACGGCACCAGCAUCAAACAGUAACCAAGCGAGGCCUAUUCGUCAUUCAAAAAACAACAAUGCGAGAUCCUGCAACAGAAAAGUUUGUCCGGAGGAUAUUACCCGGACGUUGGACAAUUUCUUGCUAAACUAUGACAACAGAAUACGGCCAGGCUUGGAAGAAGGACCGACAAAGGUCUACAGCUACUUUUUUGUAACUGGAUUCGGGCCUGCCUCGGAGCAGGACAUGGACUAUACGUUGGACAUGUUCUUCAGGCAACGAUGGAGAGACGAGCGAUUGGCUUUCAAGCACAUGAACAAGAACAUCACUGAACUAAAACUCAACAACAAUAUGGUGCAACGGUUAUGGACACCUGACAGCUUUUUUCGAAACGGAAAAAAGUCGAUCGCUCAUAACAUAACAGUUCCCAACAGAUUACUACGAAUAGAUCCGAAUGGCAACAUCCUGUACACUAUGAGGUUAACAAUAAAAGCAAGGUGUCCUAUGAUCCUUAUAGAUUUCCCAAUGGAUGUUCACACCUGUCAUCUUGUAUAUGGAAGUUACGGCUACACGAAGGAUCAGAUGCAGUUUUUGUGGUACACCGAGAAUGGUAGGAAACCAGCUGUUGACGUCCCUUCUUCUUCUUCUCGUUUGAACCAAUUCAAAUUGAUCAAUUAUACUUGGACCACUAAUAUUAUAAACACGAUAUCUGGCGAGUACUCCGUCUUAGAGACGAAGUUCCAUCUAAAAAGACAGAUGGGUUAUUUCGUUAUUCAAACUUAUCUGCCUUGCAUUCUUAUUGUUAUCUUGUCCCAGAUUUCCUUUUGGAUCAAUAAAGAAGCAGUGCCGGCAAGGACCGUCUCUGGUAUCAUGACUGUACUAAGUUUGACCAUGCUGAGUAUCAGUACCCGUCAGUCUCUCCCCAAAGUGGCUUACGCAACGGCGCUAGACUGGUACAUGGCGGUGUGUUUUGCAUUUUGCUUUGCGGCUUUAAUCGAGUUUGCGUCAGUGAAUUAUUUUCAAAUGCAAAUUGAGCAAUCGAAGUCGAAGGAAAAGACGGAUAGCAGCAACGAUAAAAAAGACGUGAUCGAAUCUAGUAUUUUCCAUUCUUGUUCUGCAUUAAGGAAAAGGGUGCUUGAGAUAAAACGUUCCGACGGUACAAUGAAUGUCAAUUUGAGUGAUUUGUUUAAGAUGGCUUCCGGGAUGGCACCCGGAGAAAAACUUGGCUUCAGAUAUUAUUUCUGCCGCUUGGCGUCGCUAGUGCUUCCAAAGAACUGGAUCAGAGAAAGUACGGAUAGAAAUCAUAUAAAUUCAUCCGAUCAGGAACUUGCUCGGAAGCUCCUUCUAGCGGCUGAAGCAGAAAUAAAUGAAGCUGCCAUGUCACAGGGCGGAGUCAGCAGAAUUGACCGCGUAUCGAGGGUGGCUUUCCCGCUGGCUUUCUUCUUUUUUAACGGGAUCUACUGGUUUGUCUAUUUGUCUCACCAAACCCACGAAGUUGCAUACAGAUUAGGCACUUGA